AUGGUGUCACAGCCGGAACUACAAAAUUUACAUGAAGCAAAGAUCAAAAUUGUGUCCUCUAACGGCGAUAACAAUGGUACGAAUAGAACUAAUGAUCACAUCUCGAACUUGAACUCAAACUCGACCAACGGAGAUGUAAUCAACCUAGACCAUGGUGACCCGAAAAUGUUCUACCCAUAUUGGAAGCAACUAGACAACGAAUGCUCUGUUACAAUUAAAGCAUCGGAUUUGAUAAGCUACCUUGCGAACCCUAAUGAGCCCGAUUUUUUCUUCCAGAUGCCGGAGUUCAACGAUGCGGUCCGAAGAAUUCACCGUGUUGUUGGAAAUGCGGUGACCGAUGGCCGGUAUAUCAUCGGAGGAACAGGAUCAUCACAGCUAUUCAUCGCUGCACUUCGUGCCUUGGCUUCAACUAUGAAGGAGACUACUAGUAGCAAGCACGUACCUGUUGUUUGUGUGGAGCCAUUUUACUCGGCUUACAAAGAAGCAGUAGAGCAAGAGAGAUCAGAGAUAUAUAAAUGGAAAGGAGAUGCUAACAGGUUCGAAGAGCAAUCUGGUCCAUACAUAGAAGUGGUGACAUCUCCAAAUAACCCCGAUGGCGUAUGUCGAAAACCGGUGGUUAAGAGGGAAGGAGGGAUGGUUUUGUAUGACCUUGCUUACUACUGGCCACACUACACGCCCAUCAUUUCGCCAGCUGAUUAUGAUGUUAUGUUGUUUACAUUGUCUAAGGCUACUGGCCACGCUGGGUCACGAGUAGGGUGGGCAAUUGUGAAGGACCAAGAGAUUGCCAAAAAGAUGAAGCAGCAAAUACUAGGGAUGAGCAUUGGAAGUUGCCAAGAAGGACAGCUUCGAGCAACAAAGAUCCUCCAUUUUAUUGCUGAUAAAUAUAAGCAUGCUGCACAUUAUAUGGUAGAGAAACCUCUAAAGGUGCCUAAAUUAUUUGAAGUCGAAGGACUCUUUGAAUUUGGCCAACGCAUUUUGGCGCGACGUUGGGAGCAGCUCAGAACUGUUGUUCAACGCAUUGGAGUUAUUAGACUCCCUGAAUUUUCUCCAGGAAUAUGUAGCUUCUCAGGAAAGCUUACUUAUCCCACCCCAGCCUUUGCAUGGUUGGAGUGUCAAACGGGUGAAGACGCAGAACAAUUUAUGAGGAAUCUAAAGAUACAAGCUAGAAAUGGGUCACGAUUUGGUAAUAAUAUCCCUGGAAGAUAUAUGAGACUAAGCAUGAUGGGAGAUGAUCACAACUUCAACCUCUUUUUAGAAAGGCUCUCAUCACUUAGUAUAAUGGAAUAA